ACGUACGCGUGAAUUCGAACGUGCGCAAAGCGUUGCUUAGCAACGCCGGUAAACGUCGUCCGCAAGUGACAGUGACCGUGCCGAGAGUGGUUGUGUUCAGUGGGUUGGAAAACCCGUUUUUUGAAGCACCAUUUGUUGUGCGUAUACCCAUGUGCAUAAUGUAAUUCCACUUCGCAAACGAUCACCGGUUAGUUUAAAACAGUGCGUUAAAAUAUUCGGCGCGUCGGCCAUUUUGCGUUCGUUUGACCAAGCAACAGAGAAAAAAAAAGAUCGUUGAGAAACAAGUAGCAGCAAAGUGUGAAUGAUCAAGUGCGAAGCAGCUGCUUGCUCUACAAUCAAGAAAAGCAAAGGAAAGUCGUCCACAACCAAACGGGCGUCACACACCCACCUGUUGCCGUGUGCCGUCCCUUCCCACCCGUUCGGCGUACCCGUUAUCAAUCAACCGAGGGAGAGGAAAACACGGACGGGGGAAGAAGCAAAAACUGUAACAAUCAAACACGCGCCACAACAGAGAUUGAAGGGCCCUCCAUUGAGGCUGGCUGCCAAAAAAACACAACAAUCAACCGAACCACCGAACGCCGAACGGAAUCAGCAGCAGCAAUUCGAGGGUGUGAUACCGAGUGAGUUGCCGGUGGUCACGAUCCCGCCGACGAUGGUUCGGUAAAAUGUGGAGCUUCAGCAAGGCCACCGCCGAGCACACAUUGUUGCACACGGUGCUGAUGGGCGGUAGUGGUGGAGGUGGUGGUGGUGCUGGUGCAGGUACUGCUGCCGGCCGUGCUGGGUGCAUCUUCGAUCAACCCGAAAAUCCUGUUCCGCGCGGUUGCGGCGUUGUUGGCGACGCUGGAGGCGACUGGAGUACCAGCAGCAGCAGCAAGUGGAUUGGUGGCACCGAGAACCACCGGAACUGCUGGUAGCCACGCGAGGUGAAAAAGUCACAGCAGAAGCAAAACGUGUGUGAGAAAGCUUGGACAAUUGCAAACGCUCGUCGUUUGGCAGCAAAGCGAGACUAAGGGAGCGGGGUGUAGAGAGGGAGAGAUAGAGAGAGAAAGUGCCGUGGGCAAGGAUGGCCGACGAGCACGGCAGUAGCGAGGAUGGUGGUGGCGUCGGUACGGCGACCGGUCCGGACGGAAGCGCGAACGCUCAACCGCGCAAACCCAGGUGCCUGCUGGGCCGGGGUAAGAAGAUGGCCGCGGCCUACAUCCACCGGGAGAUCGCCGUCGAGGGCCACUCGGAAAGUCUGGACCUGCUGCUCAACGAUCUGCUCUCGUCGGAACGGCUCAUCUCGAACAGCGAAACCAUCGAAUGGUGCCGCUGGCUGGUGGCCGGCGGCCGUACACCGGCAGACUUCGCAUCGAUCGUGCGAGCCUACGACAACCACGCCAAGUGCGGCCUGGUGUGGAUACCGCAUGUGGUCGCGUACCGGUGCCGGACGUGCGGCAUCUCGCCGUGCAUGUCGAUCUGCCGCGACUGCUUCAAGCGGGGCAACCACGAGAACCACGAUUUCAACAUGUUCCUCUCGCAGGCCGGCGGGGCCUGCGACUGCGGCGACACGUCGGUGAUGAAGGCGGAGGGCUUCUGCAGCGACCACGGCAUCAACAACUGCCAGAACAAGGCGCCGGUGCCGGAUGACCUGAUGCUGGUGGCGGAGGCAAUGAUGCCCCGGCUGAUCCUGCGCAUGCUGCUGCACUUCCGCGAGUUCAGUGCGAUCUUCCACAACUCGGCGGACUGCCGGCGCACGGCGGAGCUGUGCAACGACUACUGCAGCAUGCUGAUGGAGUUCAACAACAUGGGCGAGCUGAUGCGGCGCGUCAUGACCAAGACGCUGAUCGAUCGGGGCGUGUACCGGCGGCUGCAGGAGCGCCCCUACCCGUCCGCGCAGUACGGCAUCUACCUGGAGGAGAGCCGGCGGCUGUACGAGGAGGCGCUGCGCAAGUUUCCGUCGCCGGAGCCACCGCACGACUACCGUCAUCUGCCGGCGCUCGGGCGCACGAUCGUGCACGAGACGCUGCUGGAGGAGUUCAUCUUCUGGACGUUCAAGUACGAGUUCCAGCAGCAGGUCGUGUGCUUCCUGCUCAACAUGCUGCCCGACCAGGACUACAAGGAGCACCUGACGCGCACGUUCGUCAUGCACUACUGCCGCAUCCCGAGCGUGCUGGAGAUGUCGAACGACCCGGACACGCUCAGCAACCGGGUGGUGCACAUGAGCGUGCAGCUCUUCUCCAACGAGAGCCUCGCGCUCAAGAUGGUCGAGGAGCUGUCGCUGCUGCACGUGAUGAUCAUCAGCCUCCGUCAGAUGAUGUCCAAGAUCCUGACGCCGCACACGCUGCACAACCCGGUGCGCAACUUCCACUACGUGGUCGACUGUGCCGAGCGCGUCAUGAAGGAGCACUGCUACUGGCCGCUCGUGUCCGACUUCAACAACGUGCUGUCGCACGAAUCGGUCGCGCUCGUCUUCCUCAAGGACGACGACCUGAUCGACAUGUGGUUCCAGUUCCUAUCGAUGCUGCAAGGAAUGAACGUUAACAUUCGGGAAAUCAUCAGCCAUGUAGAGUACGAGUCCAGUUCCUACUACGCAGCGUUCAGCUGCGAGCUCGAGGCCAGCGCCUACCCGAUGUGGUCCAUCAUCUCGCACCUACGCGACCCGUCCCACGGACCGCUCGCCAAGAAGAUCAUGAUGUACUGCGUCAACUAUCUGCAGGACUGGCUCGACGCGGUCAACUUCUACCAGCAUCCGAAGUUUGAAAAGGAUGAAAUGUCGCGUGCAUCGUUCCAUUUCCCGCUCCAUCGCUACUUGGCCGCAUUCAUCUGUCAGGGCGUGAAGACGAUGGGCAUGACGCUGAACGACAUCCUUCCGUCGGCCGAUCUGCUGCCGCGGCUGAUGAUGCAUCCGCUGCGCGUGCAGAGCCUCUUCUACGAGAUCCUGUCCGGUGUGUGGGUACGCAACGGGCUGCAGAUCAAGGGCCAGGCGAUGACGUACAUCCAGGCGAACUUCUGCAACUCGAUGGUGGACAUGGACCUGUUCUUCCUGCAGAUCUGCGCCACCCAGCUGCCGCCGAACCACUUCCUCGGCGAGUGCAUCGCGAUCUUCGGCGUGGACGACUGGCUCGGCAUGUCGCUGGUGAGCACCGCGCCGGAGAUGGAGCACGACUCGAUGCUCGAGGGGCUGCUCACCUUCCUAGCGACGCUCAUCACGUCGCGCAUCAACCUCGGCAACGACGAGACGACGCAGUGUAUCAUCGAGAUCAGCGCGCUGCUGGCGACCGGCGACAAGACGCACAGCCAGCUGCUGGAGCUGAUGCCGGAGCGGAGCGGGAACGCGCACACGCGCAACUUCGAGCGCUACCUGCGCGAGCUAUCGAUCUACCGGUCGCCGCCGGUCGGCUCGGAGAACCUCGAGCAGGGCUUGUUCAUGCCGGUGCCGGACGUGUGGGAGCGCUACUACGACCCGCUGCACGUGCUGCUCCGGGCGGUGCACCGGCGCGACUUCCAGAACUCGCUCGACCGGUUCGGCGCGUACGUGAAGCAGGCGGGCAAGAUGCCGCGCAGCGGCAACCUGUGGCCCCCGUUCCGGCUGCCGGGCGCCUGCGGCCCGGCCUACAGCGACCCGGGCGCGGUGCUCGGCUCGCGCAUCCUGCACGCCACCAUCCUCGUCAUCUUCUACCGGGCCGUCCACACGCACAGCGUGUCCGAGCACAUGCUGGCGCUGGCCGUGUUCCUGCUCGAGAUGGCGGUCAAUGCGGCGGGGGCGGCGGGCGGCGAGGCUACCACCUCGCGCUCAACCGUGGGCGACAGUGCAACCGGCGGCAGCGACGACGUUCCGAACACCGCUGGCUCGUCGGCGCAGAGUGCGGCGGCGGACCCGGCUGCCGGCGACCGGCGGGAGCCCUCCGUGCCCGAUCUGCUCAACUGCUACCCGAGCAACUGCCUCAGCGACAAUCUGCGCAUGCAGGUGAACCGGAUCUCGCUGAUGCCGGCGACGCGCCGCUCGCCCGUGUCCUACCACAAACCGCUGGACGACCUGUCGUCGCCCCCGUUCGACAGCGACGUCGACUGGGACCUGUCCGAGGACGAGACGCUCAUGAUGAUCGGCAGCAGUGCCGACACGGUCGAGGGCGACGUGCUGCUGGCCGGGAUGCCGCCGGCGGCCGCCGAUGGUCCCGAGGGCGGCGGGGGUCGGAUGGUGCGCUCGUCGGCGCUCGUGCCUGCCAGUCGGGGGCUGGCGGGCAUCGGCGUGCUGCCAAUGGCGCGGGCUGACCACGCCCUCCGGGCGAUCCACGCACCGCCACCGCCGGCAUCGUCCGCCUCCUCGCAGAUGGUAGUGGAAGAGGAGGAGGAGGAGGAGGAGGAGGAGGACGAGGAGGACGACGCCAAAACAACGGUGGCGAUGUUGAUGAGGACGCCGACGACGACGACGACGACGACGACGUCCGCGAUGGGCGGCCGCUCAGAAAUCCCGCUUGGUCGGCGGAUGGUUCAGAUGGUCUUCCAGAGGCGGGAGCAGCAGCGCGCGCAGGAGGCGGCGCCGAACGAGAACAUGCUGUACCAUGUGAUGGACGAGGACGACGAUGACGCCGACGACAACGACGACAACGACGACGACGACGACGCGAUGGCGGAGGACACUACCAUCGAGGCCUUGGCGCGGAUGGUCCAGCUCCAAGCGGACCCCGAUUUCCAACACCUUCACCAGCCGCAGAGUGUGCAUGUGCUGCCGAGGCGGCGUAGCAGUGUGGGCAAUGCCAACGUCGUCCAACCAGCGGAGGUGCACGUGGACUACAUCAACGACGACGACAGUGAGGAGGAGGAGGAGGAGGAGGAGGAUGAGGUGAACGUCGAUGGGGACGUGGAGGUAGAGUUGGCGGAUGAGGAUGAGGAGCUGGACGUGGCGGAUCCGGACGAAGCGAGCAUGAACGCCGCCAUCCAGUCGAUCGUUCCGCGCGCGGAAAUUGCGACGCGCCGGCGUCGCGGAGGCACCCGCCACCAUCCCCACUACCGGCACCAUCACCACCGUGCGGCGGGUGUCAAUGCUGCGGCACUCGUGCCCCGCAGCGAGGGCGGCGAGACUCGAGCGGACCCUCCGUCGAUCGAGCUGAUGGUACGGCACGAGUUCGUCUCGGUGGACGACAAUGAAUUGGGCGAGGACGAGGAUGAGGUGGAGGAGGAUGAGGAUGAGGAGACGGAGGAUAAUGAUGGGCAUGUGCCGGAGGACGGCGCUGUUGCUGGUGCGCAGAGGGUACGAAGUAGGCAGCAGAGGCGGCGCCGGCAGGAGAUAGCGAUCCCGUCGCGCACCCUCACGCCACCACCGGGAACUGACACGCCCCGCUCGACGGCCGGUGCCAGUGUUGGCCCAGGCGGGGGUACUGGCGGGGGCGGGUUCAGUAUGGUCGCGCACCAGCAAAACCAGCUCCAGAACUACUACGCGGCAGCGGCCGCCAACCAUCACCAUCACCACCAUCGCCAUCAUCAUCACCACCGCCAUCACCAUCACCGCAACCACCAUGCCGAGGGAGGAGGAGGAGGAGGAGGAGCAGUUACAGGCGGUGCCGCCGGUGGUGGAGGCGGUGACAGUGUGGCCACCACUGGGCAACAAACGGCCCAGCAGCAGCAGCAGCAGAGCCAACAACCAAAUCCACAGUCCCUGCAGCAGCAAACGCCGCGUCACUUUCGCAGCCUCCAGGGAGUUCCGGGCCAGCAGCAGCACGGUGGUGGUGGCGGUGGCGGCGGUGGUCCAGGAUCCACCCGACCCGGUGGUGGACACGCGCACCAACAGCCACUGUGGAUGCGCUUCCGGCGUAGUUACCUUCCGAACGCACGGUACCGCAACGUGCCCGCAACCACACCCACUACAACGACGACGACGACGGCGGCCACGACGGCUGCACGCGACGCCAUGAACUUGAUACUGGGCGACGGCUGCAGCGGUAGCGAUGGGGGUGAUUGCUGCCCCGACACGAUCACCAUAGCGACCACCAGGUCGGUUGUGCUCGAGGAGUCGAUCAUAUCGCUGCUGCUGAAGCUGCACUCGCAGCUGAGCGGCGCGCUGGACAGCUUCUCGCUCGAGGACGAAACGGAGGACGAGCUGUCGGCGACCACUUCGUCUGGCGGGCAGCCGAAUCCCUCCACUGCAGCGACGGCCGGUAACAGUAGCAGCAGCAGUAGUAGCAGCAGUAGCAGCAGCAACCAGUCCCAGAGGAUGGAACUGGACGAGGACGCGGAGGCGGGGGUUGGUGGUUCUAGUCAGCAGCAGCAGCAGCAGCAGCAGCGGUCACCGAAGGCGCCACCAGCGGUGGGCCGCAUCUCGGAGUCGCGCAUCGGCGACGGGCCGUUCUUCAUCGGGAACCUGCUGCGCAAGAUCGCGGCACUGGACGAGAGCUGCGCGGCACGCAUCGACGAGAUCCGGAAGCAGCUGUGGCCGAACCAAAGAGAGCGGCAGGCGGAGCAGAAGGCGCGCGAGGCACGCGAGAAGGAGGAGCGCACCAAGCGCGCCAAGGAGCGCCAGAAGAAGAUGAUGGAGGAGUUCGCCAACCGGCAGAAGCGCUUCAUGCAGAUGGCGAUGGCGGCGAUGGGCGAGGAGGGCGGCGCCGGUAUGGACGCGUCGUCAUCGUCGUGCUUCGGCGAGGAGGACGCGGAAGCGGAGCGGCGCCGCCAGGAGGAGCACGCGCGGCAGCAGCAGGAGGCCGAAGCGGAGGCGAUGCAGCUGCGCGAGAAGGAGUACACCUGCAUCAUCUGCAACACGUCCGCACCGAGCACGGAGUCGAACCCGAUCGGGCUGGUGGUGCUGGUGGAAUCGAGCAGUGUUGUCGGCCACCGGCGGACGCGCUCCGAGCGGCUCUCGCUGCCACUCGGCGCCGACGAUCGGGCCGCGCUCGAGCAGAGUGUGACGCUGGCGGGCGAGUUCAGCCGGCGCAUCGAGCAGCUGCAGUGGAAGUUCGGCCCGACCUCCUGGUUCCUGUCGCACAACAUCGGCUGGGAGGGCGGCGUGCACAUCCAGUCGUGCGGCCACCACGUGCACCUGUCGUGCCAGGAUGCGUACCUGCGCUCGCUGCACACGCCCCGCAGCCCCAACAAUCUGAACGUCGAGCUGGGCGAGUUCUUCUGCCCGGUCUGCCGCCAGCUGGCGAACUCGGUGCUGCCGCUCAGCCCGGCGCUCGAUCGGCCCGCCCCGCUCAUCCGCUCGCCGACGCCGGCGCAUCGUACGCUCGUGCUCGAGCUGAUCGGGCUGUUCCAGGAGAGCAAGCGCACGCCGAUGGCGUCGAAGUUCAGCGAGGCGAUGGGGCGCGCCAUGGGCAACAUCACGGCGUGCACGCAGCGCAACAUCAAGCGCUACCCGGUCACGCUGCAGAGCCUGUUCUCGUUCGUCAUCUCCAUCGCGCGCACCAACCUCGAGGCGGAGGUCAUCCAGCGGGGCGGCUCGCUCUGCACCGGCAGCACCGACGACGUGCGCUACAAGCCGAAGCGCGACUGCAUCGUCCCGCUGCUGCAUGUGCUGUCGCUGCACGUGCGGCUCAUGAUCAACGACGACUGGCCGAUCCGGUUCAAGGUGGGCGACGACUGGCCCUGGCAUUCUUGGUCCCGCCUCGCCGGCCUACCGCUGUCGUACAACGCCGACGACGUGGAGCCCACGCCGACCGAUCGGGAUGCCCAACCGAAGCCGGCGGCCAGCUCACCACUAGCUCCGGCAACUCCGGCCACUCCGGCGACCGAAGCCAGACCGGCAGGGGGCGCGAACACCACCGGUGCCGAGCUGCUCGAACCGGACCUGGCCAUGGCGAUAGUACCGUCGACCGGGGGUGGUGGUGGCACAACCGCACGUCGCAACCGGCGCUCGCACACAGCACCCGACGACACCGAUGAGGACGACGACGAGGACGACGACGAGGACGGGGUGUUGUGCGGGCUGCGCCGGGUCGCUUCCAGCAUCCGUGGCAUGUUGCUACCGCCUCCCCGCGCCGGUUCCGGCGAUGAACUGACGCACGGAACGGACCCAACGCCGCCCAACAACACCAACAGCCGCCGAGCGACGAUAGCGGGCAGCGGCGCCGGAGUCGGAGCGUCUCCCGGUGUCAUCGCACCCUCGACCGCGAAGACGACGGCAGCGGCCGCCGCCGGCAGCACCAUUCCCGACGGUGACGCCAUUCCGGAUCUCAUCAGCGACCCGACGGCGCUCAUGCUCAAGUUCAUCCUGCUCGCACCGUUGCACCUUGACCAAGCCUACUUCACGUGCAUCGUGAAGGUGAUGUACAACCUGCUGUACUACCAGAUCGUGCUGCAGCUGUGUACGCACCUGACGGACGAGGAGUGCGACGAGAUAGUGGCACGCUACGGCACCAAGCCGAAGCAGAAGCCGACGGUGGUGCGAGGGAGCGGUGUGCCGCACAUCGGCGUAGCGAUGGCGUUCAUGCUUGCGCAGCUCGAACGCUGCCGGCACAUUCGCAGCGACAGCAUUCUGAUGGGCGCCGUGAGCGGCAGCGGGUCGGACACGCCGAACGCGACGGCAUCGAGGCGUAGCGAGCGCGUGAACCUGGACGUGCUCGAGAAGAAGCUGCAGCGCCUGUGCUUGCCGUUCCUGCGCGUGGCCGCCCUGCUCCGCCACCACAUCUAUCACGCGGAGAUACCGGACAUUGCCGGGCCGCAUCUCGAGUUCGCCCGGCUCGUCUACUUCCUCGAGCUGGUGACCGUCUCCAUGGACUGGGACAAGUUCAACGCCAGCAAGGCGCUGUGCUUCCUGCCCGGCACCGAGAUGGUACUGCCUCUGCACUGGUGCGUUCAGCUGCGCAGCCUCCGGCCGACGUACGAAUCGACACGCUCGCUCAUCGUCAAGCAGCACAUCGAAUGGCGCCAGCCCCGGCUGCUCGGUUUGCCCCGCGAGUACGAGCGUCUGUUUACGUACUACCACGAGCAGCCGUGCCAGAAGUGCAAGAACGUGCCGAAAGAGAGCUCCAUUUGCCUGCUGUGCGGCACCAUCGUUUGCAUCAAGCAGACGUGCUGCAAGGAGCAGGAUUGUUGCGAAGCCGUACGGCAUUCGAUCAGCUGCGGUGGCGGAACCGGUAUCUUCCUCGUGAUAACGUCCACUUACAUCAUAGUUAUACGAGGUCAUCGGGCGUGCCUAUGGGGUUCACUGUACUUGGAUGACUACGACGAGGAAGACCGUGACCUCAAACGCGGCAAACCGCUGUAUCUCAGCGAGGAUCGUUUCAAUCUGCUCGAAUCGCAGUGGCUUUCGCACCGGUUCGCCCACACCAAACACAACUGGGUCUGGCAUCGGGACUCGCUGUAAGCCCGGAAAGUUUCGGCUUCCGGCCCCGGAAGCAUCAGCAUCCUGCAGGCCAAAGAGGAAGCGAUCGUGUUUGUGUAUGUUCGGAGGCCAAAGACUUAAGACGAGAGUGAUCGACGGCAAAAGAGGGAUACGAGCUAGGUUGAUGCGACAGAGCAAGGAUAGGAACGAGAGGUUAAUUCCGUAGCGUUAUAUUUUGUGAUGAGUUGUUUUCUCCUCUUUUUUGUUAUAUGCUCCUUAUCACGGCUCCAAACCACGAAGCGAUGGAUAUGAUGAUUGUAAAAAAAAAGAAAUACCUGUAACGUUAGAACAAGAUAAGGUGCAAGAUCCAACGAGUCUAGCAAGCGAAUACCAUCAUCAACUACGUACGUCAGACUGAUGCCUUAUGCUGCUUGAAAUGAAGGUGUGCCGUUGUGUAUUCAAGUCCAUAACGAAGCACGACAAGAGGAACAGUUACAAUAAGAAACAAGAGGUGAAACACAUAGCUGUUAUAUUGAUGCCCCAUGCAUCGGCAUUUCGAGAUCCAAGCGCGCCCAUUAAUUGUUUAAAAUGGAACACUUUCGGUAGGGGGAUGCCUGGGUUCAGUGGUUUUUUUGCUGACCAAAUUGUGAUAUGUUCUUCACCACCACCACAUGGCUUUACACAACUCUCCAGAACGCCACCCACUUCCGCCCACUGGAUCUCCAUCGAAAUGUUCCUGUACUGAUGAUGGUGGUACCGGAACUUGCACCAGUUCCGGUCCGCUUCACAUAUGUACACUCUGCGGCAACAAUACGAUGUCUCGAGGCAGAAAACUCGAUGGCACCCUCCGGCGCGUUGGCGUCGAUGAUAAAAACGUCGUUGUAUUUAAGUUGUUGCUCCUAAACUAUGCUUCGUCUCAGACAGAUAUUAGCUACAUAUAUAAUGCAAAUGAAAUAUUUAUAUAGAUAGAGAGAGAUAUAUAUAUAGAAGAAACAAAUAAUGAACUAGCUAGACCGAGGGCUACAAAAGAGAGAAGUGUAGGCAGGGUGAAUAUGGGGGCAUUGAAUGUUGGUAGCAAAGACGAAACGAAGACGACGUGACUGAAGCAAACAGCAAAACACAAAUCAUGUUUACCGUUACUAUUACUGAUGGAACCAUACUUUGCAUAUGGUGUUUGUGCCCUCCAGAUUAAGUUCAACGUGUUGGUCAGCUUUCCUCUAGCGCUAGGUAUAUAUUAAUGCAAAUUAAUCUAACCACUAUGUCCUAAAACCAGCCCCCUUCAUUGUUCCCUUUCCUCCCCUCUCUUCAGCCACUUGCCAUCGCCAUCGUGUUCGAACGUUGGCUAGCAAGCAGCAAGUCGAUUGCGAUACUUCGUAUCGCUUACAACGUCGUAUAUUUUUUUGAUAUAUAUACGAUUAUAUAUAAAUAUUUGUUUGUUUUGUUUUCCGUACGAAGAUCGUGUUUAUCUUUUGUCAUUGUUAUACCGCGGAUUGUAAUAUUCGGCGCGCACCCAACAACCCCCGUGUCACGUUCUCUAACUAAUCGUUCCUUUGCUUUACUUUCACAUUGGAGUAAUGUAAGCAGCUGGCAAAAGCAAAGAUAUAUAGAUGAGGCAGUAAGUAAGCUCGUUAGAACCGGGGCGGCGGUUAGCAGAUCCCCAUGCCGGAUACCGUUUGGCAUAGCCCUUAGCACGGAGACUAUGGACUAUGGGCAACCCUCUUCCCCCUAGUGAAUGAUAAAAUAAAAUUUUUAAGAGAACUCUGUAAUGUAAACGUUUGUAUGUCUCUACAGGCUACUAGUGCCUCCCUCAAAAUUCACUCUCUUCGGUGGUACGGUGUGGGGGAUUUCGGUUUCCCGUUUCCAAUGCUUGAAUGUUUACACGUGAAAAAUGAAUGGUACAUGUUGGGUGUAACAUGGGAGACUUCUUGAACAACCCUCUCCUCCAUCUUCCCACUCUGACUGAUCGUGCCCAUUUUAUAAACCAGUAAGGAAAACUCGAGACCGAGAGAAAACUAUGAUCCAUAAGCCUUCUCUUUCAUCUCGCUUUUAAAAUGUAUCGGAGUUCGUAAAGCAGGGAACAGAAUUCAUCGACCCUGCAAUCGCUUUAUUGGAGAGCUUAUAUUAUCUAACCUAUUGCUGUCAGCUACAUGUGCAAAUCAAAGUAUGGUUGAAGAAAACCACUAGCGUCAUCUUGAGCUGUUUUUCCCCAAAGAGCGAAAAAAAAAACACACCUCUGGAUAAGGGCAACGAUGAGAGGGAGGUAAAAGAACUUUCAAGUUCGGAACGGUUGGUGGUGAAA